AUGGCUACUCAAAACGAAACUUUUAAAAAAGUGAGUGAGGAAAAAAGAAAUCCAGUUCAACAGAAUCCUUAUGGUCCAAAUCCAGCAGAUUUCUUAUCAAAUGUCUCAAAUUUCCAAUUGAUUGAAUCUACUUUAAGAGAAGGUGAACAAUUUGCCAAUGCUUUUUUCAGUACUGAAAAAAAAAUCGAAAUUGCUAAAGCUUUAGAUGAUUUUGGUGUUGAUUACAUUGAAUUAACUUCCCCAGUUGCUUCUGAACAAUCAAGAGCUGAUUGUGAAGCUAUUUGUAAAUUAGGUUUGAAAGCUAAAAUCUUGACACAUAUUAGAUGUCAUAUGGAUGAUGCUAAAGUUGCUGUUGAAACCGGUGUUGAUGGUGUUGAUGUUGUUAUUGGUACCUCUCAAUUCUUGAGACAAUAUUCACAUGGUAAAGAUAUGAACUACAUUGCUAAAUCUGCCAUUGAAGUUAUUGAAUUUGUUAAAUCAAAAGGUAUUGAAAUUAGAUUUUCUUCAGAAGAUUCUUUCAGAUCAGAUAUUGUUGAUCUUUUGAAUAUUUAUAGAACUGUUGACAAAAUUGGUGUUAACAGAGUCGGUAUUGCUGAUACUGUUGGUUGUGCUAACCCAAGACAAGUUUACGAUUUAGUUCGUACAUUAAAAUCAGUCGUUCAUUGUGAUAUUGAAUGUCAUUUCCAUAACGAUACUGGUUGUGCUAUUGCUAAUGCUUACACUGCUUUAGAAGGUGGUGCUAGAUUAAUCGAUGUCUCAGUGUUGGGUAUUGGUGAACGUAAUGGUAUUACUCCAUUGGGUGGUUUAAUGGCUAGAAUGAUUGCUGCUGAUCGUGAUUAUGUCUUAUCCAAAUAUAAAUUACACAAAUUACGUGAUUUGGAAAACUUGGUUGCCGAUGCUGUUCAAGUUAACAUUCCAUUCAACAACCCAAUUACCGGUUUCUGUGCUUUCACUCACAAAGCUGGUAUCCAUGCUAAAGCUAUCUUGGCUAACCCAUCUACUUAUGAAAUCUUGAGUCCUGCUGAUUUCGGUCUUUCAAGAUAUAUUCAUUUUGCUAACAGAUUAACUGGUUGGAAUGCUAUCAAAUCAAGAGUUGAUCAAUUGAAUUUGAAUUUAACUGAUGAUCAAGUUAAAGAUGUUACACAAAAAAUUAAAAAAUUGGGUGAUGUUCGUCAAUUGAGUAUUGAUGAUGUUGAUUCCAUCAUUAGAGAUUUCCAUGCUGAAAUCGCAACCCCAAUCAUUGCUCCAAAAGGUGAAGCUGCUGGUGCCGUUGAUGAAGAAAUUGCCAUCACUGAAGAACCAGAAGCUAAAAGACAAAAAACUGAAAAUUAAGCCUGUCUAAAAUGAAGCAAUUACUAUUUUGCGAAUCAAGGCAUAUUAGAGGAAGGCAUUUUAUUUCAUUUUGAGACACGUUCUAUAAGUUUUUUUUUGUUUUUGUUUCCUGGGGUCAUUUUUAUAUUAGUAUUUUCUAUUUAAAACACUUUGAAAAAAAAAGUUUGGGUAUUUAUAAUGAUCUAUUCAUACUUUUGGAUAUGAUUGUUGAAUAAAAUUAUUGAAUUUAUUGGUUUAUUUAAACUAAUUGCUUGUAGAUGUUAUUGGUCUGUCACUUUUCUACGGGUUUCUACAAACUUCAGAAAAAUACAAUUUC